AUGCCCUCUUUCAAUUCUCUGAAUAUCUUCUGCUGUCGCAAAUGGCGAUGGGAUGGCUCCGGCAGCCCACAACCAGCUACGCAAGAUACAACAGCCCUUCAUCCUGUACCAGCACUCGACCUACCACUUGAGGAACAGCAGCAACAGCCUGAACCAAGGCGCCAGAAUACUGCCAUGGGGUUGUCUGAUAUGGCCUGGGCAGUACCGGAGUAUCGGAGUUCUUUCGAAAGUGACUCCAUCAUAAAUCAACACAUUGACUCCGACUCUGAUUCCUUCGAUUCAGAUCUAGAUCUCCCACGCUCGGCAAAGCCAGGCACUGCUUUUGGUGCUGUACGCAACAGAUUUAUCCGGAGCAUAUCACACAACACCAGUAGCGACCAGCCGUCACGCGUCUCUGUUAGUAACAGUGAAGAAGAAGUCGCAAGAAGAGCCGAGUUAAGGCGGAUCAUGCGCCUAAGGAUCCAAGAUCAGCUCGAGUCAGAAGAGGCUGAAGAUGAAUCAGAAAACAAACCAACAGUCAGCAUUCGACGUGUAGCUUCCUCUACAGACAGUGCUCUGCCAAUUUCUGGACCUCGAGAUGCUAUUGAGUUUGGUGUCAACAACUCUUCCUCCAGUAAUGAGCAAUCCGCUCGACUUGAUCAAGAGAGGGGCAACCACGGCACCCCCCAGGAUCUUGGAAGUUCCCACGGGAGUGUCGGUGCACCCGAGAGAGAUUCUCCAGAAGAAUCCGACGUGACCGGUGAAAAUAAUGAUUCAAGUGAGAAUGCUGUCAUUCAAAAGCCCUUGCCCAUACACCCCUCGGCGCAUAUCUCAUUAACUGAGGACCUUGGCCUCUCUCCUUACCAGAAGUCCUUCCAACUCUCCAAUGGCUCAGGACGUCUUGAUCGAAUAUUGGGACCAGAAAACAGCUUCAGCAAUCGUCAAGCUUCUUCUGGAGAUGGCCAGUCUGCGCUUGGUGUUUGGCUCAUAGCCCAAGGCCUCCGCUCACGAGAUAACUCGACCCUUUUCUUUGAUGAAGAAGAGGAAGAGAAGGAGGCGCAAACCAGAAAAUUGAAUAAAAAAGCUACAGACAACCCUCCUGUCACGAGCAUGGAAAAGAGCUCGCUAGUACGUGGGACUCACGCGAUGUCUGAGAAAGGAGAUUGUCAUGAACAAGGAUCAACUUUUACCAGCUCACCUAAAAAAUCAGAUCCUCAGUUACAGCUUGAACCCGACGUUCCAAAAGAUUUUGACAACUCGGCCUUUUCUGGAGAGUUGCCAUGGGGCCCGACUGUGAGAGCACUCCUAAAUUCGUUCACAGAUGACACUUCUUCAAGUGAUCCAUCAAAGUCUCCAUCAAGUCCAGUGCGACCUCCAAAUAGUCUCUACAAAUUGGACCUAAAAGACCUUGAAAGUAUGGAGUUAUCCCCUUUCAGAUGCAAGUAUAUCCUGUUCAUCGGAACAAAUCACGAGGCUAAUGGAGAAGACAGGGCGAAGUCGGGAUUCUCCCCAAGACCAAAGCAACCUUGA